AUGAAGACGACGUCCCUUGUUUCGCGGGGAGCGGCGGUCCGAAGGCCGCCGCUGCGGUUCGUGCUGUGGGCGGGGCUGCUGGCGGCGGCGGCGAUCGGCUGCCUCUUCGCAUGGCCUGUGACGGCCUCCGUGACGAGCGGGGCACGCGGCGCGGCGAACAGCACGCAGGACGACGAGGACGACGCGGCUCUGCUGUACGCGCAAUGGAAGCGCGCGUACCGCCUGCGCGAGUCGAGUAUCGAGCCGCCCGCGACGAUCUCGCUGCCGCCAGGGGUGCCGCGCGCGCCGCACCUAGAAGCCUGCAGCGCGCGGACUGCCGCGCGCCAAGCGCUGGAGAGGCGCGGGCCGCGGGGAGAGUCGCCCGCGUGGGCACGAGAGCGGCUUCCCCAACCCCCGUGGGUACGUGCUGGCGCGGGAGGUUGUGGCGGGGGAAGCAGCGCAUCAAACCGUUUAUUAGUGCGCCUGCGUGCCUCUCUGCUGCACCUCGCCCGCCCCUCUCACUCCUCUCUCGUCUUCAAUUGCUCUUUCCCAAAUUUUCCCGCCUCAUCCUCCCUUCCCACCCCGUUCCCGCCCCCGCCCCCUUACCCCCUCACAGGUGCGCGGGUCGGAGGCGGGCAAUCUGGGCGGCACGCGGGAGGCGCAGAGGGACCUGUGGGAGCACCAGUUCCCGCCGCACCAGUGCCGCGGCCGCCGCCUGCUGCUCGUGCGGUGGCUGGACAUGACGUGGCACGGGCUGGGCUCGCAGCUCCACGUCAUCGGUGCGCUCCCGCGCCCCCUCGCCCCGCCUUCGUCCCCUCCUUCGCAUGUGCUCCACUCCCUCCUUCGCACGUGCUCCACUCCCUCCGAUCCAAUCCUGUCCCUCCUCACCCCGUGCGCGCCAUGCUGAGCGUCGCCGUGCUCUUCAACCGCACGCUCGUCAUCGUGCCAGGAAGCUUCCCGCAGGCGGACCACAGCGAGUGCCAGGGCGCGGAGGAGCGCGGCUCGCUCGACUGCUACUUCCUCCCCUUCGCCUCCAUCCACUGCCGCAAGAUCGCCAUGCGCGCUUAUAACGAGUACAAGGCGAAGCGGGGGCUGGUGGGGAGCAUGCCGAUGGAGUGGUUUGAGGUGGAGGUGGAGGGGCGCUCCCCCUGGUCGCCCUGGAUCGCCAUGCAGCGCCGCCGCUUCUCUGCUGCCCGCGCCACCGCCCUAGCCGCUAGCGCUGGAGGGGGGCAGGGGGGGAUAGAGAGCGCUGUGGGCAGCGCGGAUGGGGGGAGCAAGGAGGAUGGGGGGGCGGGGGAGGAUGAGUGGGAGGCGGAGAGUGGGGAGGUGCGGUGGUGUGGGUACGACACGAAGCGCACGCUGGAGUCGGAUGCGGUGGUGGUGUUUGGGUGCAGCCCCGUGCUGCCCCACUGGGCUGGCGGCCGCUACCUCAGGCGCCUCGGUGGUGCCGCUGCCCAGUACGCACCCCCUCCUCCCCUGCUGCUCGUGCAUGUAUGCAUGUGUGAAUACCCCCCAUCCCCCCCUCCCCCACCGCAUUCCUCCAUCCACUCCGCUCCUUGGGAGCGCACAGGGACGAACGAGGUCAUCGGGGAGCUGGUGCGCAGCAACACCACCGUGCUCAAGGUGCAGUGGUGGCGGGCACAGGCGCUGCGCUUCAUGCUGCGCUGGCCCUUGCCGUACCUCUGCCACCUCCUCAACCGCCACCGCCACCGCGCCUUCGGCAUGCACGUGGCGCGCAGCACAGCGGCCGCCACGCGCCGGCAGCAGCACGUGCUCAGCAUGGCCGCCCAGCUCGCCAGCAGCCUGGGAGGGGAGGACCUGCGCGGGCACCUGCUUGCAGAGGCCGUGGGCGCGUGGGCAGGGGGCGUGGGACAGGCGGACGCCUCGCAGCUGGUGUUACCGGUGGCAGAGCCUGGCAGCACUGCUGCUGCGCUGCAAGCACGCUCACUGCUGCUCUCCUCUCAGCAGCCUGCUGAUGGUGGUGGGGAUGGUGGAGGGGGAGUGGGGGGGGAGGUGUACAUGCCGCGGGCGAUGGUGAGUGUGCAUGUGCGGCAGGGCGACAAGGCGUUUGAGAUGCGCCUCUUCUCCUUCCCCUCCUUCGUCUUCCUCGCCAACCGCCUGCGCCGCCUCGACCCCGCCCUGCACAACGUGUGGCUCAGCACUGAGAUGCAGGUGAGGUGA